AUGGGGCAGGAAGCAGCCUGCCAAGUGCUGCUCCCAGCUGAACGCUCCCCACCAGGCACCAGGCCCCCAAGUCAAGGCGCCCUCGUGGAGCCGCAGAUGGGUCGAGAGGCCCCCCGGACGGCGUUCAUCGGGUGGGCGAAGCUCUUUCAGCAGGAGCGCUGCACCGGGAACGAUGGUCCCAAAGUACAAGCAGUGCUGAGAACCCGGGCUUUAGGGCAGGAGAGCUCCACUGGUCAUUUACGACGACUGGAUGUGACGCCCCCUGCAGACACUACCGUCUCCCACAUUGGACAAGCAAGUGCCCAGAGGUGCGGCGCCCACUCUUAUCCCCUCCCUUCCAAAAGUACCACGGACCUUCCGCAGGCCCUUUGUUCCCAGAGCAGAUUAGCAAAGAAUCCAGGGAGCCGCUAUGGGAAGCUCUUCGGGCCUAAUCCCCGGUGGAGGAAGCAGCUGGUCCUCCAGCUGGGCCCGGGUGGUGACGAUACAGGCCCGGGCCUCAUCUCCUCUUGCCUUCCUGACUGCUGCCCCGUGGGUCUUCCAUCCGACUCCCAAAGAAGGGCGAAGGCCAAGCCCUCUGUUCAGGCUGACCAGAGGGUACAGGAGGCCAGGGGAGACCACAGCACGCGCGCACAGGCCCUGACCUCCGGCUCAGCAGAACAGGCCCCAGGCAGCCAGACGCAGGGCGGGGGCCCACCUGCUCUCAAGGACGGGGUCCUGAUGAACUGCCCCUGCCCUCUGCGUUGGCUCAAGCCCAGAAUGUCUCUGACACACCGGCUUGAAAUUCUUCAGGGCUUUAAACCUGCUGAAUCUGGGAACAGCUUAAUUACGGCCAGAGAAAUUCCUCCAUAA